AUGGGGUUUCACGGUUUCAACGUGGAUAAAGAAAACUUUCCUGGGAGAGUAGCCUACCGAGAACUCUAUCCUAUUGAUCUUGAUCAACCUUUUAAGAGUGGUCUUACAGGGCGCGCCUACAUGCAAAACAAUGUCGAUUUGACCGUGGACAAAUUCAACAAAAUCAACGGGGUUGUCUCUUACAUGUGUGUCUAUUGUGAGGGCUGUUGUCUGCACAGUCUCCUGUUCAGUCAAAUCCUACAUCACCUUCAUGGCCACAGAGACACUCCAGAUGGACAUCUUGUUGAAUAUCAAGCUAAAACAGAACAGAUGCCAUGUGAUUCUUCCGCCGAUAGUAAUGCAUCUAGCCGCGGAAGCGACCAAGCAUGGGACGUCGAUAGCUUUGAUGAUGAAUCCGAGUACCAACCUCCAGAGAGAAUGUGUCCCAUCGAAGAGGAAAUUAAACCAAUGCGUCUUUAUAGACCAAAGAUGAACCGUAGCAAGGGGUUCUAUGUGGAUGGAGAAACCUACCCUGGGGAAACUGUCUUUUUCUCUCAGGUUGAUCUUGAUGAACGCUUCCCCGGUAUUGAGCUUACAGGCCGUGAGCACAUGCAAAGCCUGGUAGAUUUGGCUCUUGAAAUAUACAACAACAUCGAGGAAACAAAUGUGACAUGUGAAUCAAUUGUGCGGGCGAAUCUGACGAGAGUGAACGGGUACAAGUUGUACAUCACGUUCAUGGCUAAGACAGUCUCCAGAGGGGGAGCUUGUGGAGUAUCAAGCAAAAACGGAGAGGAAGGUUUGGCAACGGAAAUAUCAUGCCAUGUUUUGCAGGCCAACUCCAAAAUCCAAAGAUUAACGCUUGUGAGUUUAUCCAAGUGAACGAGAAGAGCUAUCUUUGGUUUUAAAAUGCAUCUUUUAUCUCUUAGGGAUCAACUAAUGUUUCCUCUAGAC